AUGGCGAUGCCCUCGUCCAAAUUCCUUGAUCUUUCGGGGUCUCGACGCCCUCAAAUCCCGAUCCCUUCAGCGAGGCAGGUCCUUGUUCAAAUGUCCAAGGAGGACCAGCGACGGGAACGCAAUCGAGAGGCACAGCGUAAACAUCGUGAAAAUAUCAAGCAGCAAUUGGGAAAGUAUGAUCGGCUGCGACAAAAUCUUCAAGACCUAGGGAAUGACACCAAUCCCUCAACACCUUUGGCAGACCUACCGUUAGGCCAACAACAAUUUUUCCCGUCGCCAUCAGCCGGUGUAAGCCCUUCUAUGCACUCUCAAUCGAUGUUACCAAGCCUUUUUCCAGAAAUUGAAGUCGAUCAAUCGAUAGACCCACAGUCCACGGAACCUGAUGAUCCUCACUCUCCCCUAUUCCUUCGCUCGGCAGGAUUUGCCAAGGGAGUAUACAGUUCCCCGUCAACAGCGCACGAUGGAAACUCUUCAACAGUGAGCUCCCGAGUCGAGGACCACUAUUCAAUGACCGUCCCUCCUCCAGACAUGUGUUUUACGCUUGACCCGAACAUCCUAUCCCCAUCAUUGGAGUUUGAACCGAACGAUAGAGCAUGCGAUAGGCAGGCUUUCGGCCGAACUUUGUUGCACCAGGCUGUGAUUCUAAAUAGCGAAGAAAUAGUUUCGGUAUUGCUGGCACAUGUUGCAGACGUAAAAGCUCGGGAUAACGACGGACGCACGCCUCUUCACGUGGCUGCCGCUCUGGGUCACGCGAGGGUAGGACGCUUGUUGCUUAUGCAUGGUGCGGCGGUGACGGUGUCCAUGGCGGAUGGACAUGGGCUGACUGCCAUGCACCUUGCAGUUCAAAACGGGCACGCUUCGACGGUCGAGGCGUUGGUCGAAUGCGGUGCUGAUGUCAAUUUGCGAUUUUAG